AUGCCUGCCGAUCAGGAAGGCAUUCUAUCAAUGGAGAAAUUCGACGGCCUGAUCGAACACGCAGAAUGUAAUCAGCAAGGCUUAGUGCUAACAUUCGAGGACGACUCAGCCUUUACAUAUGCUCAAAAGGUCUGGGACUGGGUUAAUGGCGCCGACAACCAUACUUUCCUGAUGGUCGCCGGCAAAGGCGACUGCGGCGAUAAUGAUCGUAGAAUACCGUAUUCUAUCUCAUCAAUCGCAUACGACGUUGCGCAGAAAACAGCUCGCCUUACUGGAAACACCGGGAACUGGAAGGACCUCAUCCACACCUAUGAGCUCCGCGUCGGCAAAAUCUCAUCUCCAGACGACGUAGGCUUGAAACGUCGUGACUACACCAAGGACGCCUCUUUCGAUUUCAACCAGAAUUUCGACACGAAAGUCAAAGUAAAGACAGGCCCAGUAUUCGCCGAGCUUGUCUGCGAUCCUUGCUACACGGCGGGUACUCUCGACAUGGAACUCAUCAUCAAAACCAAGUUCCUCGUUCCUGUCGAUCUUCAAUUUCGCGUAGUCCCCCAUGGUCUCAAAUCCCACGCCAGCUUCAAGUUCGAAGUCGCAAGCGACUUUGGUUCGAAGUUCGACGGAGGCGAUAAGGUGUCGCUGGCCAAGAUACCGCUGGCUGGUGUUACGAUCCCAGGAGAUAUCCUGACCAUCGGCCCGGUGAUUGACGUUCAGGCUGGGAUUGAGAUUACUGGGUUCGAAGGUGGUGUGUCGUUCCGUACUGGCUUUACGGGGUCGUUGCCGGAUAGUGCUAUCUUGAACGCAGACUUGCUUCAUCCGGACAACAACGAGUUUUCUGGGUGGACGCCGAAGAUUGAUACUGAGCCACUAAUUGCACAGGCAAGAGUCGCGGCCUACGUUAAGCUGUUUCUUGAUCCUACUUUGGCGUUGGAAGCUGAAGCACUAGGUAUAGGUUUCGAGACAGGAUUUGACCUAAAGUUCCCUUUCGUUGAGCUAAGAGGAGAGGCGAUCGUGUCACCGAAAGGGGGUGCGUGCAAGGCUGGCGAUAGUUUUGACUCAGCCUUGCGACUGCGGACGUCGUAUGGCUUUGAGCUGAAGUUCACUGCUGGCAAGAUCAAUGGCGAGCAGCCUGUCAAUGUUAUUCUGGGGGCAGCCCCAGCGCUUCUGCGCUCCCCUCGGCAACAGGAGGUACUACUCCAGUCCCUUCCGGUGGUGGUAGCACAGGCGCCAAUACUUGCACCGCAAACGGCAAGUCCGGAACCUGCAUUGCCACCGCGAGUUGCAAGACCAGUGGCGGCGUUUCUACGAAGGGACAAUGUCCUAAUGACCCUGACGAUAUCCAAGCAAGUCUACCAUCUCCAACCACAAUCAAAAAUCACUAACAAAUACAGUGCUGCACCACCACAUCAUCAGGUCCAUCUGGAGGCACGCCAAAUACUUGCACCGCCAAUGGGAAGUCUGGAACCUGUAUUGCGACUGCGAACUGCAAAAGCACUGGAGGUACAUCUACGAAGGGGCAGUGCCCUAAUGACCCAGAUGAUAUUCAGUGUUGCACUACGAGCGCAUCGGGAGCUUAGUGCUGCACCACUGGCUCACCUUCCACAACGCCGAACACUUGCACUGCCAAUGGAAAAUCUGGGACAUGCCUUGCAACUGCGUCUUGCAAGAGCUCGGGCGGAACAUCGACGAAAGGCCAAUGUCCCAACGACCCUGACGAUAUUCAGUGCUGUACCACUGGCUCACCAGCCACGACACCAAACACUUGCACAGCGAAUGGAAAAUCCGGGACGUGUCUCGCGACAGCGUCUUGUAAAAGCUCGGGCGGAACAUCAACGAAAGGUCAAUGUCCUGACGAUCCCGAUGAUGUGCAAUGUUGUACCACUGGCUCAGCUCCCACAAAACCAAACACAUGCACCGCGAACGGCAAAUCAGGCACCUGUCUCGCCACAGCAAGCUGUAAAAGCACUGGCGGAACAUCCACCAAAGGACAAUGUCCCAACGACCCUGAUGACGUCCAGGUAG